GUUGGAACUUUGAACCAAACCAAUGUCCUCUUCUUCGUCGUUAUCUGGAAGAAAGGUGGAUGUCUUCCUGAGUUUCUGCUGCAAGACUAGCCAGGGGUACUUUCAAGAGAUUUUGUUUCAAUAUGGCAUAAAAACUUUUAAAUCCAACUGGUGCUGGGAGACAAGAUAUGGACCAAUUGAUCAACAGACACUCGAGGCUUUGGAAGAGUCGAAAGUCGCGGUUGUGAUGACGUCUGAGACGAAACCUUGUUCCUUUGGGUUCCUGGAAGAGCUAAUAUUAAUACUUAAAUUUUACGAGAAGGGUUCAAUCACGGUCAUACCCAUCUUUCUCAACGCAUACUCUUUUAAUGUGGAAGAAAUCUGCCAACAGUAUCCGGAGAAGGCGCCAAGUUGGAAAACUGCACUUACCAAAUUGACCAACAUUGUUGACGAAUAUCCAUUUUCUCGGAAUCUUGUCGGCAUGGGACAAUCAGAUUGGCUCAAGCAAAUUGCUCAUGACAUUUUUCUUCUCUUGCUCAAAUCUACAUCAAACGGUUUGAAUGACCUUGUUGCAAUGGAUCGUCACAUGAAAGUGGUUUAUGACUUGUUGGAUUCACAGGUUAGCAAAGAAGUUCGUACCAUUGGCAUUUGGGGUAGUGCAGGUGCUGGGAAAACAACACUGGCAAAACACAUUUGUGCAAAGAUCUCAGUUAAUUUUCAGACAUAUGUUUAUCUAGAAAAUGUCGAAAACAUGAAAGACAAGAUUCUAAAGUUUGAAGGGGAAGAAGAUCCAACAAUAAUAAUAAGUUCAGGUCAAGUUGUGCUUGAAAUUACCGAAGCAAGGAGUAAACACCGGAAAGUCCUCCUUAUCGCUGAUGAUGUGAAUAACAUAGAACAGGGGAAGUGGGUCAUUGAAUACGCUAACUGGUUUGCUCCAGGAAGCAGAGUCAUUCUUAUUAGCCAAAACAAGAAUUUGCUUGUUGACGCCGGAGUGAAGCAUGUGUAUGAAGUCAGAUCUUUAAGAUAUGAUGAAGCUCUUCAACUCUUCUCUCAUUUUGCUUUCAAGCAGCCAUAUCCACCUUCUGAUUUUGAACAGCUUGCAGUUCGUGCUGUCCAUCUUGCAGGCUUUCUUCCUUUGGGCCUUAGACUGUUAGGGUCGUUUUUAACUGGUAGAGGUCGAGAGGAGUGGGUAGCUGCACUGCUCAAACUCAAGGCAAAGCAAGGUGGAAAAAUAAUGGAAGUCUGGAAACUUAUGGAACCACCAGGAAAUAAAGUUCAAGAGGAGUGGGAAGCUGCUGCAGACUUGAUGGAAAGGAAGGAAUCAUUAGAAGAUAAAGGUCACGAGGAGUGGGAAGCUGCUGCAGACAUAAUAGAAAGGAAAGAAUCAUCACAAGAUAAAGGUCAAGAGGAGAAGGAAGUUGCUGCAGACAUUAUGGAAGGAAAGGAAUUAUCGCAAGACAAACAAUAA